AUGGGAUCCCCGACAUCUCUAGAAGAUCACGCUUCCACAAUGCAGAGUCUAAAUGUCUUCAACAUUGAGGCCUUCUCAUUGCUUGGAAUCGCCGUCUUGGUCACGGUUUUGCGGUGUUACGUUCGGAUCAGUACUGUCGGUUGCAGGAACCUCUGGGCAGAUGACUAUCUUGUCAUUCUAGCUGUUGGUAUAUAUGCUAUAGAAACAGGUCUGGCAUAUUCUGUCGGAAAUAUCGCAUACGGGUUGGCGAAUAACUCUAUCACGGACGAACGACGGGCUUCUCUACAGCCAGGCGAUAGGGAGUACCAAACUCGUGUACUCGGCUCCAAGAUUCAACUCGCUUUAUGGGCAACUUACUCCUCCCUCCUCUGGGUCCUCAAAGCAGCCAUGUGUACAUUCUACUACCGGUUAACAAAAGACCUCCAAGGAUACCGAACCCGAAUCACGAUUGGCUUUGCUUUAAUCAUCGCCUCUUUUGUUGUUGUACAGAUGAAUCUGCUGCUGAGCUGUCGUCCUUUCAACCACUGGUGGCAAAUAUAUCCAGACCCUGGAACGCAUUGCCAUGCUGCCAUCUCGCCUGGCUUGAUAUGGACAUGCCUUUCCUUCAACCUGAUCACAGACCUUUACCUAAUUAUGAUACCCAUGCCAAUGCUUUGGAAGGCUGCUAUGCCCUGGCCCCAGAAGGUCGGCCUCAUCACACUCUUCAGCUGUGGAUUGUUCGUUACCAUUGCUGCUAUCCUUCGUGUAGUCCAUCUUGUAGCUAACCCCAUCAAUGGCGCCCAGCUUGCUGCCUCUUGGGCAGUUCGCGAGACUUUUGUCGCGAUAAUGACGACAAACAUUCCCAUGUUGUUCCCAACCUUCAAGAAAUGGGCAGUUCCCAUCGUUGAAAGAGCCAGCACAUCUUUCAGCCCUUGGAGCUCUCCUCAAGGCACCCUCACAGACUCCAGGUUCUCUGGGGCGUUCUCUAUGGAUGCUUGGAGACGAAAGCACCGAUCAACAUCUCGUAUCCUAUCCAUGGGCCUCAUGUCCCCCACCCGAGAUGGCCAAGAACGCAACACUGAUAGCGUUGGUCUCUCUUUUAUCAUGCUUGACCCCGCUGUCAAGAAGCCUGAAGCUUCUAAACCACCCCAUAAGACCUCCGCUGUCCACUUCUCCGACAUUGAAACGUCAGCCCAGCCUGAAAGAAACCAUGCAAAUGGUCGACUGAGUACUAGAAGCGACACAUCCAUGAUUUCUUGGUCUGAAACAUUGAUCAACUCACCUCAAUCCGAUGGAACCGAACAUCUCCUCGGACGUGUCCACCACGACGGAUACAGCAAAAAUGUCUAA